AUGGCGACUAACGGUGACUUCUCCGACGAGUCGCAGCCCGGAUCCCCGGUCCUCGAUGCCAACAAUGCCCAGGACUUCGAUGACCAGGAGCCUCUCGAGCAGGUCGAAAAGCCUGUCAAGUCCGCUCUGAAGUCCGCUCCUGUCGCUGCUAAGCCCGAGCUCCCCGAGCAGCCCAACCCUGACACCCUGGAUCUUUCGACACUCACGCCCUUGACGCCCGAAAUCAUUGCUCGCCAAGCUACCCAGAACAUCGGCACAAUCGGUCACGUCGCUCACGGAAAGUCCACUCUCGUGAAGGCCAUCUCCGAGGUUCAGACUGUGCGCUUCAAAAACGAGUUGGAGCGAAACAUCACAAUUAAGCUAGGCUACGCGAACGCGAAAAUCUACAAGUGUGACAACCCCGCUUGUCCUCGUCCGACAUGCUACAAGAGUUACAGCAGUUUCAAGGAGGUUGACCCUCCCUGUGAGCGCCCGGGCUGUGAGGGCCGCUACAAACUUCUUCGCCACGUCUCCUUCGUCGACUGCCCCGGUCACGACAUUCUCAUGAGUACCAUGUUGUCUGGUGCCGCCGUCAUGGACGCUGCCCUCCUCCUUAUCGCCGGAAACGAGACCUGCCCGCAACCCCAAACUUCGGAACAUUUGGCCGCCAUUGAGAUCAUGAAGCUCCAGCACAUCAUUAUUUGCCAGAACAAGGUCGACCUCAUGCGCGAGGAGGCCGCUCUCCAGCACUACCAGUCUAUUCUCAAGUUCAUUCGAGGAACCGUCGCCGAUAACUCGCCAGUUAUCCCCAUCUCGGCCCAGCUCAAGUACAACAUCGAUGCCGUCAACGAGCAUCUCGUCUCUCACAUCCCUGUUCCUAUCCGGGAUUUCACCGCUUUGCCCAACAUGAUGGUCAUUCGAAGCUUCGACGUUAACAAGCCCGGUGCCGAGAUUGAAGAGUUGAAGGGUGGUGUUGCUGGUGGCUCCAUUCUCACUGGUGUCGUCAAGGUCAACGACGAGAUCGAGAUCCGCCCUGGUCUAGUCACCAAGGACGAGAACGGCAAGAUCCAGUGCCGCCCUAUCUUCUCUCGUGUCGAGUCCCUCUUCGCUGAGAGCAACCCUCUGAAGUUCGCUGUUCCUGGUGGCCUCAUUGGUGUUGGUACCCGUAUUGACCCUACACUGUGCCGUGCUGAUCGUCUUGUCGGUUUCGUUCUGGGCCACCGCGGCCAUCUUCCUGCCAUCUACACUGAGAUCGAGGUCAACUACUUCUUGCUCCGCCGCCUUUUGGGUGUCAAGACCGCCGAUGGCAAGCAGGCCAAGGUUUCCAAGCUGGCUAAGAACGAGGUUCUGAUGGUCAACAUUGGUUCCACCGCCACCGGUGCCAAGGUUCUCGGUGUCAAGGCCGAUGCCGCCAAGCUCUCGUUGACCUCCCCUGCCUGCACAGAAGUUGGCGAGAAGAUCGCCAUUUCCCGAAGAAUCGACAAGCACUGGCGUCUGAUUGGUUGGGCCAACAUCGUUGCCGGUAACACCCUGGAGCCUACCCAGCACUAG